AUGUCAAAUGGUAAUCAAGAAAUGGAAGGCGGUGAGAAAUCGAAUGGUACUGCUACUAUCACUACGACUGAAACUGAUGAUAUGGAGAAAAAAGCUCAGAUGGCUCUAAUGAUUUUGAGAUACUUAUAUAAACGAGCUAUUGAACUUAGGGAAAGAGUUUGGAAAUUAGACUUCUAUACAGCCUGUUUAUGUAUUAUAGGUAUAAUUGUUGGGGUUGUUCUUUUAGUUUUAAAAGAACAUCUUACGGAUUUAAAUUCAAUUAUAAGCAUUAUCGUGUCUUCUACUAGUUCUCUCGUUUCCGGAAGUGGUGCGAUUGCGGCUUUUAAAUCAUUUCUUAACUCCACUUCCACUUCAGAUUCUGAUCUUGAGAAAGAUAUUAAAGGUCCUGAUUUCGAUAAUCUUGCAGAACCUGCUGCUCUAAUUGUGAAGUCCGGAUUAAUGAAAGAAGUAUAUGACAAUAUUAUAGAAAUAAGAGAAAAGAAUAAUGGAACAGCAAAAAUGGAAGCGGCUCAAUCUCUUUAUUUGUUUUUUGGUUGUAUUGCUCUUUUUGGUAUCGCGGGAUAUGAUUUUUUUAAUUUUGUUACUGGACAAUCUAAUGGAAUUUAUGCGGAUAUUGCCCUUAUUAUGCUUGGUGUCAUUGGUCUUUUAUACUGUCUAUUUGUCGGUCUCGCGCUGCAAUAUGCAAGAGAAAACUUGAAAUGGUUAUUUUGUUUUCUUUACCCUUUUGUUUGUGGCGUUUGUCUUAUAGACGAACAUCGGGUUCUAAAGAGAAUUCGUUUGACACGUAUAGAAGAAGAAAAAAUUUUAUAUCAUCUUAAUGGUUUAAAGUAUGAUACUGAAAUUAAUAAAAAGUAUAAUAAUACUGUCAGUCAAAAACAAUAA